AUGAGCUCCUCCUCCGUCGCCGCGGCUCCGGUCGUGCGUUCCAGCACGUGGGACGGCUCGGAGGUCGACAUUGACCUCAUUGAAUUCCUCCGCAAGACACGCCGGCUCCCCGGCGCACACCUUGUGCGAGCCCGCACCGCGCCGGCGGGGGAGAUAUCCCCGGCGCCGGAGGAGGAGGCCAACGCUGCUCUUCAGCAGGAACUGGGAGAGGCCAGUACCGCCUUGCGCACCAAGGAGGAGGAGUGCGGACUCGACUCCCCUGGCCUCCGCGCGCAGUUCACCGUCCCGGAUCUCCGCCCCGGCACGCUCGACUCCCUGCUCGCCCUCAGCGACGACCUCGUCAAGUCCAACAUCUUCAUCGAGGGCGUCUCCCACAAGAUCCGCCGGCAGAUCGAGGACCUGGAGCGCGCCGGAGGGGUCGAGCCCGGCACCCUCACCGUCGACGGCGUCCCCGUCGACAGCUACCUCACCAGGUUCGUGUGGGACAAGGGAAAGUACCCCGUCAACGCCCCGCUCAAGGACCUUUCCACACUGACCAAAUUACGCAUGGAUGACAGUAAGAUUUUGGAACAUUGGCAGAUGCAAAUAAGUGUUUUGGUUGGAUGUUACAUUUACAGAAGGACUGAAUAUGCCCUUUUCCAGGUUAGAGUUGCUGAAUACGGUAAUGUUAAGAGCCAGCUUGGCGCAAUCAACAGGAAGCAAACUGGGAGUUUAGCAGUUCGUGACCUUUCCAACCUCAUAAAGCCAGAAGAUAUGGUCACUUCGGAACAUCUAGUGACACUCCUUUCUAUUGUGCCAAAGUAUUCCCAAAAAGACUGGUUAUCAAGCUACGAGUCACUUGAUACGUUUGUGGUUCCGAGAUCAUCAAAAAAGCUUUACGAGGACAAUGAGUAUGCUCUCUACACUGUAACAUUAUUUGCCAAGGUUGUUGACAACUUUAAGGUCCAUGCUCGUGAGAAAGGUUUCCAGUGCUACUCCUAG